AUUGGCGAAACCACUUCUCGUAUCAAAUUGGUGGCCGAGACGUUCCACAAACUCGAAAGCAAUGUCCUGGAUCUCGACAAAAGUUGCUCCAACAGGACAAAACAAAUUCUGCGCUCCAAUACCGAAGGAAGCGAUAAACGAAAGGAGACGCCGUUAAAGUCAGACGAAACAAGCGAGGGCAGCCUCUCUGAGCUCCUCAAUGCCAAGGUACUUCGCCGCUGGAUGCUCGACAAUAUCGCCUUUCCCUAUCCAACUCGCGAAGAAAAGGAGGAACUCGCCCGUCACACCAAUCUUCAGCUUGGCCCCCCUUUGUCCAUGUCACUCGGCGAGUCCACCAACAUCGGCCUUUCGGGCACGCCCAUCACCUCUGAUCAAUGCGCGCUAUGGUUCACAAAUGGCCGUCGUCGAUCUCGGUGGCAAGAAUUCAACCGGACGUACGGUCUGAACCUUCGAGGGCGAAUGGAACAUAUCGUC